CACUUUUUGACGCAUAUACCGCAACCGAUACACAGAAAUUCGGAAAUGAAUGCGAUUUUGUCGGAAGGCUUAACCUCGAUGCAGAGUUUUCCUAAGAUCCACGACCAUCAGAGUCAUUCUUCGCAGCUAUGUGUGCAAGAAGCGUACCCAUCCGUACCACGGGACAUGACUGUAAAGUCCGUCAGCCACCUACUGCUCCUAUGA